AUGGCGAAACGACCGGCGGAGUCGUCUCUGGAGGAUUCCAUCACCGACUCUCCUGCAUCCAAACGAGCCCGAGUCCAGGACGUCCCCGACGAGGAUCUACCACCGCCGCCGCCAGAGAAUAAUGGGCAUGCGAAUGAGGAUGGAUUAAACGAUGAGGAUGAGGAUGAGGAUGACGACGAGGAGAACGAGCGAAGUGUAUCAAGACAGACAGCACCCACAGCCGGCUACUCGGAUCUCUACCUUGACACCAUAUCACGAACGCGCCUCGACUUCGAUUUCGAAAAAUUGUGCUCCGUAACGCUGUCCAACAUCAACGUAUACGCCUGCCUGGUAUGCGGCAAGUACUUUUCAGGUCGCGGCCCAAAAACACCCGCAUACUUCCACGCGUUGGAGGAAGGGCAUCACGUGUACAUCAAUAUGGAGACCAAGAAGGUGUGGGUCCUGCCCGAGGGGUACGAAGUCAAGAACAAGUCUCUGGACGACAUCAAAGUGGUGUGUGAUCCUCGCUUCACUCCGGAAGAAGUGCGCGCACUGGACAAAGCUCCCAAACCUGCGUGGGAUCUGCUGGGGAAGAAAUAUAUACCCGGAUUCGUCGGGUUGAACAACAUCAAAGCCAAUGACUACCUCAACGUUGUUGUGCAAGCUCUCUCACAUGUCGCACCACUGCGGAAUUUCCUCAUGCUAGAGGACCUAUCCUCCCGGCCACAGCUGGUACAACGCUUCAGUGUCAUGGUGCGGAAGAUUUGGAACCCCAAAGCAUUCAAAUCACACGUCUCGCCGCACGAGCUGAUACAAGAAAUCGCCCUGAAAUCAAACAAGAAGUUUCUCCUCACAGAACAAGCGGAUCCAGUCGACUUUCUCAGCUGGUUUCUCAACAACCUCCAUCUUGCUCUGGGCGGCAGCAAGACCAAACCACAAUCAUCCCUCAUUCAGAAAAUCUUCCAAGGCAGCUUGCGAAUCGAAUCACAAUCCAUCUCUGCGCGCGCAGAUGCCAGCGAUCGUUUACGAUUCGAAGAUGCGGGUGUGAUUGAAUCUCAGACCUCGCGUUUUACCAUUCUCACAUUGGAUCUACCGCCUGCGCCCCUCUUCCAAGACGAUGUUGAGAAGAACAUCAUCCCACAGGUACCGCUCACGACAGUACUGAACAAGUACAAUGGUACCGUAGCCCAAGAACGUCUCAACACACGCAUAAGGUAUCGAUUGAUGCACCCUCUGCCUCCAUACUUGAUCAUGCACGUCAAGCGAUUUCAAUCCAAUAAGUUCUUGCAAUCACAGCGAAAUCCCACGAUUGUGACUUUCAACCCUCGGAGCUUGGAUAUGUCACCAUAUGUGGAGCCAAACCCGAAGCUGCAUCCGUUAAACGAGCCACUCGUGUACGACCUUGUCGCGAAUAUCACGUACGAGGGUGUAAAGGUUAGAGAUGACAGUGUGGAGGGAGAGGCCGAGAAGAAGGUCUGGAAGUGCCAAAUCAAAGAAGGAGGGGAGGGUGGUUKGUGGGAGAUGCAGGACUUGUGGGUGGAAAAGGUCCAAGCCGAUCUGCUGUCUACGAAGGAAAGUUAUGUGAUGGUCUGGGAGAGAAGAAAGGGAACUAAAAGCGGGAAAGCAAGAGCUUGA